UAUAAACCCUGGACAGCAGAUGGUCGAGCAUCAGUCGAAAUGGGAUACUCUUUUGGUUUAGUUCUGCAUUUGGGGAUCAUUCUCCUGGCAUUUAGCUUUUAUGGAGCUCAAGCUGAGAGAAAGCUGAAGAUCUACAAGCUAGAGAAAAAGCAUCAGGAUUCCGAAUCCUUACACAGCCACCUGCGUAUUGCCGAGUUCGAAGAAAAUGUCCUUAAGGUCAGCGGAGAUCUCAAGUUGCAUGAAACUAUCGACAACGAUUGGAAGAUCAAAUUGAAGGUUUUACGGGGUCUGGAGCGCGAUGGUAUAAAGGAUGAGCUAAUCGAAUUUGAAAUGCCCAUUUGCGACUUUAUGAAGUCCGUUUAUAAGGAGUACUUCUACAAGCGGAUCAAGGAUUACUCGAAUGCUCCGCAUCCUAACAACUGCCCAAUUCCGGCGGAGGACUACAGCAUGGACGACUUUCCGCUGGACGUCCAUCUGCUUAAAAAACUCAUGUUGCCCGGACACUACGCUAUAAAGUUCUACCUCGAAGACGCCUCUUCAGUCAAGUUGCAAUAUAAGAUGGAGAUGGAGAUGGACUAUGAUUAGAGAUCUUUUCUUAAUGUUCCAUUUAUUGCGUGAGAAAAUAAACCUAUUCGUAGGACCGCAUUUGCUUUAGGA